UCUCUCCCUAUGACUCAGCAGCUUGAUGUUACACCCUAGCGUUUACACAUCAAAUUGCACAUUGCAGGUGAGAAGGGGUGGCAUCUUGCGCCAAGGGUGGAGAUGGGGGUGGUCGGAAGAAAUUCUAUAGCAUUAAACGAUAAUGUAAAUAUUGCUGCCUGGUUUACUCGGCGCAUAUCAGAAUGCAGAUUAUAUUUGUUUAUGACUGUUCCAGUCUGUUUCAUAACCUGCGGUAUUUUGUUCGGUGUUGGUGCCGGCGCCAUGCUUUCACUGCAUGAAAUAAUAUAUCAACUUGCUGCCAAGAUGAAGGACUCCCUUGCUCAGAACUCCACCGAGACUCCAACGGUGCAAUAACAGCAGGCAACCGAAUUCUACCUUCUUCCGGACGCAUCUGUUGACUCAUGGCUGCAGGCCUGCCAGACAGGUCCGAUUAA